AUGGAAGGUGUCGUUCAUAAAAAGGAGCGGUACAACGGCUUGCAGGCGAGAAGAGAUCGUCGUGAGUUGAGGGAGAAAAUGUGCGAGCUGGCGAAACUGGUGCCGAACCCGAGCGGAGAGAAGAUGACGUCAGAUUGCGUCUGUCAAUAGUGUUUCGAAGCGUUUUCGUUUUCAGCGAGCUCACAGUUAUGAUGGGAGCCGUGAACUUGCUCACCGGACGUGCUCCGCCCGGAAAGUACGUGUUGGAAGGAGCGAGUGUUCAGGAGAAGAACAACUUUAGAAGAGAACUCGAGAGAAAGGAGGUCGACAAGUUGAGAGACAUCAUCAGGGAGAAGGGCGUCACUGUGAGAUUCUUGUGAGUUCACUGAUGAGAGCAACGCGUAUUGUAUCGCCUUUGUAAACUGGCACUGUGCCAGCCAACUCAAUAUUGCCGCGCUUACGCUUCAGCUCACCAUGGAUUAUUUUCAGGAAGAAGCUCGAUGUGCUGUCGUUGACCAUCCAGUGCAUCAGAAUGAACGGAAAUAAGGAUGUGAGUUCGAAAAACUAAAAGACAGCCACAACUUUGAAUAGGAGACGAAUCAGACAGAUAGCCCCGGCUUCAUAGAGAAAUUCAAUGAUUCCAGACGCCGCCUGCCAACAAUCAGGGCCUCAACAUGCUUCCACCACUUCCGAUCAUUCCGAUCAUUCCCAUGAUCGACCCGAACUGGCUCAAACUGCUCGAGCUGUUGUAUUUGGCUCAACAAAUGCAGCAGAUGCAGAUGAAUUCCGAGCAGAACGGCACCGACCUGGAAACUGACGGUCCCCAGUGA